AUGCCUGAAUUAUCUGGUCAAUGUGAACACGAAUUAUGCUCAAAACAAUCCCAUUCUAAACCAAUACGCUUAUAUCAAUGUUCAUAUCAUUGUCGAAAAAUGUUGUGUAUUGAACAUUUAUGUGAACAUGAACAAUAUAUUGAAAAACAUAUGCACCAUCGAAAUCAAUUAGAAGAAUUAUUCAAUAAUUAUUCUGUAAUAUUUGAUGAAGAUGAAUGUCUAAAAGAAAUUAAACGUUUACAAAAAAAACUUGAAGAAUAUCAGCGCUUAUGUGGAGUUACUAAGAAUUUGUUAUCAAUUCAUUCUUCUCAUAGUUCCAUGGAAAAUAAUGAAAAAUUUCAGAAGGUGAUUGAAGCAGUAAAGCAGGCUAUUAAACAAGAGAAUCAAUCGAAAUCAUUUAGUCGUGAUAUUGAUACGAAAAUCGAAUCAGUAACAAGUUGUCAAGAAGAAAAUCGACUGACUAUCAGUCAUGGCAUGUAUUCUCAAUUCAAAAAUAAUAACGAAGGUGAUGCACCUCAAAGAAUGGUUAAUCAUCCAAUAGAUAACAUCGAUCGUGAUAGAUCAAAUGAAUCGGAAGAGCUGAUUCUACCAACAGAUGAUAAUGGUGCAACAGAUCGAGUUUUAGGUCCAAUAGUGGUUCAUUAUGAUGGUCAUGAUGAACAUGAUCCAACUGCUCAUAUACUAGUCGCUAUGUCUAAGAAUAAUCUUUAUGCUGAUGUAAAAACAGAUCAAAGAUUAUCAUGUAUUAAAAGUUUCUUUAUUGAUGUUGUGAAUGGUAGACAAUCAAAAAAGAGAAGUCUUACAAAUGAACAAUGUAUUUCACAUACAUUAUCAUUCGAUACAUUAUUUGAUCAAAUAUUACGAAUUGAACAAAAGACUUUUGAUAAAAGUGAAGUUAAUCAUCAAAAACUUAUACCUUCUGUUCGUUCAACAAAUAUGGAUAUUCAAAAUUAG